AUGAAGCGUACUUCUGCAUUUUCUUACGUGUCUACCAUCCUUUUUAUUUUAUCUUCCUCUUGCCUUUACAAUCAAGCUUAUGCGAGCUCAAGAGAACGACACGGUCUACAUCUGGACAUUCCAGGUACUACCAUAUCAACAAGGAAAUCAUCUAGUGAUAGAAGUGGGGGACAUAUGUCUAAGUGGGUUGGAGAAUUAAACCAUGAAUUCAAAACUUUUAAAAAUUCUAAACUUAAAGAAAUCGAGAAAACAGAAAAACAAAAAGAAGAAGCAUGGGAUGAUUGGUUGACAAAAUUAGAACCAGAAUGGGUAAGUUUCAGCAAUUUUAUUGAAGAAAAAAAAAAAAAAUGGAUUCAAAAAAAAGAAGAAGAAUGGGAUAUUUGGAUAAAGGAAAUGGAACACAAAUGGGUUGCUUUUAAAAAAAAAAUGGACAGAAAAUAUAAAGUUCAACGUAGAGAAGGAACAUUAAAAUACAGUGAACGAGAAUGGUGUAAUCUUGUUAAAAGAAAAGCAGAAGAAGUUAUGAUUAUUGAUUAUAGAACAUGGAUUAAAAAUAACGAUGAUAAUUUACGUAAAUGGAUUAGUAGAGAUUUUGAGUUAUGGAAAAAAAAAAGAUUUGAUGAAUGGCUUAAGGUAGAAUGGAAAUGUGAAGAAGAUGCAUAUUGGUGUAAGGAUUCGAAUUCACCAUUCAUGAAUGCCUGGGAUCCAUUAUUCCCAAUAAUAAAAAAAUCAUGGGAUAUGUACCAAGCUAGAAAAUCUAGAGAAAGUGCACACUGGAAUAAGCUAGCAUCUAGUGUAGGAAAAACACUUACAAGUAAAAAAUAUGUUGAAUGGGAACAAAUGAAAAAAACUAAAAGUUCUUGGUAUAAUGAAUGGGUACACUUCUUCCUUCAUGAACUUUUAAGUAGCGUAGGAGUAAAACAUAGAUCACUUGGAUUCUAA